AAAUGUAUGGUACAUCUUAAAAUAAAUGAAACGAUUUAAAACAUGUGCUAGAAGGACAUUUCAACUCUGGGGUCAGCCUUUGUAUGGUAGCGAAACUGCUGCACGUUGCACGUCUCAAUAAAGUUUCAGCGUUUUGAAUCAUCAUGGCGACCUACACGGUCGUUCCAGCUGUCAGAUUCGCGCAGGUCUUUUUGUUAAAAGGCACAACAGCAAGUGUUUGGAAAUCCUGCCUCCUGUCAAACAGCUGCGCCGCCUCAGGUAACUGGAGGUGGAGGGCAUUCAGCUCGUCUACUUCAGCCUGCUCCUCUGACUCUUCUCCUGACGUCCAGCGUUACGGGGACGCCGUGGGUCACUUUGAUCGCCUGGUCCAGUGUGGCUCCCUUAAGACAGAUGUCCAGCAGAGACAAGUCAUCCAGCGACUGGCUGGGCUGCAGCACACACUGAAGACCUACAGUAACAACAUCUACCUGAGCCCACCCACGAAUCGGUCGAAGGUGGACAGUAGUCGUGGGCAUGAUGAGAAAUCCUGCAUUUCACCAGCUGAAGAGGAACCCAUUCCUCCUCCACCACCACCACCACCCAAAGGCUUUUACAUAUAUGGCGAUGUAGGCACAGGGAAGACCAUGCUCAUGGACCUUUUUCACUCCCAUGUGGAAAACAGCUGUAAAAAGAGAGUCCACUUCAAUGGCUUCAUGUUGGACAUUCACAAAAGGAUCCAUCGGAGGAAACAAAGCCUGCCAAAACGGAGGCUAGGGAAAAUGUUCACCUAUGACCCUAUAUCACCGGUUGCCAUGGAGAUUAGCAAGGAGACCUGCCUCUUGUGUUUUGAUGAGUUUCAGGUGACCGACAUUGCUGAUGCCAUGAUCCUGAAGCAGCUGUUUGAGACGAUGUUUAAGGCCGGAGUGGUGGUGGUGGCCACUUCCAACAGACCCCCCGACGAUCUGUACAAAAAUGGACUUCAGAGGGACACCUUCCUACCUUUCAUCGACAUGCUGAAGGAAUACUGCCACACCAUCUGCCUGGACUCUGGGAUUGACUACAGGGGGCUGGACAGGCCUGCGGCCGGAAAACUCUACCACAUCACUGGGGAGCCUGGUGCAGAGGCCUCCCUGGACGCACUAUUUGAGGAGCUCGCACUGAGACAAAAGAGCGAGACGGGUCCUCGGGUGCUCACUGUGCUGGGCAGAGAUGUGAUUCUUGAGAAGACCUGUGGCUCCAUCGCUGACUGUACCUUUACUGAGCUUUGCGGUCGGGCUCUGGGUGCCAGUGACUACCUGGAGAUGGCACGACUCUUUGACACAGUUUUUAUCCGAGACGUUCCUCUGCUGACGCUGUCUCUGAAGGACCAGGCCAGACGCUUCACCACCCUCAUAGACAACUUCUAUGACAACAAGGUGAGGGUGGUGCUGCUGACAGCUGCUCCGUUAGACCGACUGUUUUCCCACACCGGAGGCGAGGACGAGCGAGACUGGCAGCUGCUGGAUGACCUGGGCCUCGGCGGGGAGGCAGCAGAGAGGCUUACUCUGUUUACUGCGGAGGAGGAGAUAUUUGCCUUUCAGAGGACCAUCUCUAGGCUAAGAGAGAUGCAAACUGAAGCCUACUGGAUGGAAGGCGAUCGUGGUUGUAAAAGGACACACAUAAACCCCUAACUUCUCUAAACCACUGCCUCUACAAUGAUAUACCUCCAGAUAGCAUGCUGCUUCUGACCCAUCUACCCUCAAACCAUAACAGGAAAAGUAUGCACUUACAUUUGGGCAUCCAGAGUGAACUGUUUUGACAUAAGCAGCGUCCUUUACCAUCAGAACAUAUGCAGUAGGUUACAACAAAGCAAAACUCACACAGCGCCUCUUUGAGAUGAACCUCUCCUCAUUUGUUGUAUGUGUCGCUCCAUUUCUAUUCCCCUAUUUUUGCCAUUUUCUGGAAGCCAUACUCUUCUAAUAAUUAAAGAAAGCUCUGCAGUGGUUGUGAACCAUAAGGCAAACAGGUGCUCAGAGAGAUGAGGGGAACAGGGGGCUUUUCCUGCAGGUGGUUAGUGCCCUCUAGUGUUUGACAGGGAAAAGGAUCCUUUUCUUUUUUUUUUUGAAAAUCUGAAUAAACUGUCAGGGUGACCUGUCCAGGUUGUACUCUGCCUCCUGCCCAAUGUCAGCUGGGACAAUCUGCUGAAGAAUGUUAUACAAGAAAUGAAUCCCUGUAUGUUACAGCUGCCACUGGGGCAUUGCCGAUUUGAUUAUAACAACUAUUACCUCUUUGCUGACACAUUGCUCUCUUGCAAUCGGACAGGUGGAUUGAUCUUGAAAUGUUGCAUUUAAUGUUAAACAUCACUGUCAUUCUUUUGUCGUAUUUAUAUUUUUCAUUCAUCCUGACAUUGGAAAAAAAGGGCUUAAAACAAAAAAUAGAAUGACCCUUUAGUUGCAAGAAAGGUAAUUUAAACUAGAUUGUCCCAAUUUUGGAAUUCACUAUAUCAUUUGUUUAAAUAUAUAAAGUUUAAAAUGAUAACAAGCUGAUUUCACCAGAUUAUAUGCAACAUCAAAAAGCAUGAUUAAAGCAUAUCUGUGCACGAUUAUAAAUGAGAAAUGUAUAAUGUUAUAUUAAUCUCCGUAGCACAGCGUUUGAUAAUUUUUUCCUUAAACGUGCUCUUAACUACAGAUGCCUUACCAAUAAAGGGCUUCUUUACAUAUAUAAAAGAUCAUUAAUGACC